UGAAGCAGUGACUCUUACUCAGUGAAGGCACAAGUACCGCUCUGGCCUUGCAAGAAGUUGAAAGAACCACCUAUUCCUAAGGGUCAACCCUCUGAAAAGCACUGGUUUGCAGAGGAUUGGGGAGGGAAAGUGAAGAUAAUGCAGCUUUCUAAUAACACCACCUGUGGUAUUACAGCAUCCAUUUUAAGUGGAGAAGUACACCUAGACAGAGCCUAAAUUAGGGUGUCAGCUAUAAUUGAGCACUACAUCGAUGAGCUUGAAAUAGCAGCAGUAGCUGCCUCCCCUUCCUUGGGAAAUGCUUCCUUUUGACUGUUCCUUGGUUUGUUUUUAAGAGAACCCCCCCUCCCCCGCUGCACUUCAUCUUGGCACAGUGGAGUAACGGAGGCACAGGGGCACCAGCUGAGGCUGGCUUCUCAGGAAAGCCACUGACAAUGGCUACUUUCUUCUUUGCUUGACUGCUUUCUGCCUUUAAAGGCAAAGCUGCACCAGCCCUGACCAAACCUUAGUUCCAGAAGUGGGUUCAGCAUAGGCUGCUUCAUUUGUGUCUAUGGGAAAACAAAAAGAUUCCCAUUCCCUCUUGUUCCAAAUGGGAGAACAAGCAAAAGUAACCACUGAGGUGGUAGUCCCUGGGCUGGCAGAGGAAAAACCGUUCUCUUCUCACUAUUGCCUAGGCAGAACGUGGCCUAUACAGCUGCACCAUAUCAGCAUCCCCCAAGGAAACCAAAAAACAACGCCUGUGAUUCAAAGAAGGGAGUUAAGUUUGGGUCCUGGGUUUGGGAGUGAAGCAGCAUGAGGAAACGGUUCUGCCAUAUUGUGAGGCCUCGGGUACUCAGGAAGGGGGAGCUUCACAGAUAGUACCUCCAGGCAACUUGGACUAGAGUUGAGUCAGAGGGCAGGGGUGGCCCCACUGGCUUCUCCAAGAGGGAACAGAGGGCACUCAGAGCGGAUGGUGUGUGGUCAAAGGCAAAGAUGGACUAAAAUAUUAAAAUUGUUUCAAGCAGUUUCACAUUAAGAGCUACCUCAUCCAUCCUGACAUUUUGGGAAAUACAGGUUAUACAUACAUAGUAGAAGGCCUUACCAGUGAGAAAAUGUAAAGCCAAGUAAAUUUAAAUUUGAAACACACACUCAGUACUGCUUGACCAAAACUACACAACCACAAAACACCAAUAAAACACAGACACACAACUUUGGAAAGAAGCUACUUCAGUAAAAUCUUUUAUGAAACAACUCAGGGUAAAAAUCUAGCUGCUGGGGAGGCCCAGGAAAAUCCCCCUGCCUGGUGGCAAGCAGCAGGACUUGAAGGCCAACCAGCCUAGCCUGGAGACAAUUACUGUAUGGCACAAAAACAACAGGAAUAAGGCAGCAGCCAUGUAGUCUGCUCACAACUCACAACUGUCACCCUUAGCUCUUCACACACAACAGGUUUCUUUCUAGUAAGGGUGGAGCAAAAGAUUCCACACUGAUGUACUAGAAAAUCAACACAGUUAACAUUUACAAUUAGACUCCUUCCCCGUGAGUAGAGACUGCAAAGCCAGACAGAGCUGGCCUGGCCACCGCCACUGCCACCGCCACCGCCAAAGAAAACGCCUCGGGAAAAGCCAAAAGUGCUUGCAGCUAAACACCAUUGUCAGCUAAAGGGGAAAAAAAUCCCUUUUAAGGAAAGUAACUUCAAUAGACUCCUUUUCUGCCAGGACCUCCAAUCCCUCUGAACAGAAGCCGAACCACAGACUGCCGCACGUAUGUCUGGGUCCUGGCUUUUCUUCCCUCACCCCUCCGCAGAGCUGCAGCACCAGUUAGCCAAAAAUAAACACCAUUCCUCAACCAUAUAUGUCCACCGGCCCAGGGCUGGGGAGGAGGAGAGCAGGCAGGUCAGCCCGUCCCCUGGCUGCAGCUGCACUCACAUGUGGCCACUGCUCACCAUGCACAUAACCCAGCUCAACCGGGAGUGCCUGCUGCACCUCUUCUCCUUCCUAGACAAGGACAGCAGGAAGAGCCUCGCCAGGACCUGCUCCCAGCUCCACGACGUGUUUGAGGACCCCGCACUCUGGUCCCUGCUGCACUUCCGUUCCCUCACUGAACUCCAGAAGGACAACUUCCUCCUGGGCCCGGCACUCCGCAGUCUCUCCAUCUGUUGGCACUCCAGCCGCGUGCAGGUGUGCAGCAUCGAGGACUGGCUCAAGAGUGCCUUCCAGAGAAGCAUCUGCAGCCGGCACGAGCGCCUGGUCAAUGAUUUCCUCCUCCAGGUGUGCGACAGGUGCCCCAACCUGGCGUCUGUCACGCUGUCGGGCUGCGGCCACGUCACCGACGACUGCCUGGCCCGCCUCCUGCGCUGCUGCCCACGCCUGCGCGCACUGCGCCUGGAGAACUGCGCGCGCGUCACCAACCGCACGCUGGCGGCCGUGGCGGCGGACGGGCGCGCGCUGCAGACACUGCACGUGGACUUCUGCCGCAACGUGAGCGCGGCCGGCCUGCGCCACCUGCGCGCCGCGUGCCCGCGCCUGGCCCUGAGGGCAGAGCACAGCGCCGCCAUGCUGCCCGACCAGCCCCCGCGCCCGCGCGCGCCCGCCGCGGCCCUCGGCAAGCUUCUGCCGCGCUAGACACCGCCCCGCGCAGUCCCCGGGGAAGGAGCGCAGCCUCAGACCGUCCUGGCUGCGAACCCAGCUCUGCCACCAUGCAGACCACCACCGCAUCUUCUGAGCCUCAUUUUCCCUGUCUGCAAGUGGGGAUAAGAAAGCCUACCUCACGUUAAGAUUUUAUAUAUAGUAUAAACGCAAGAUUAAAUGGAUGUUUGGAAA